GAAAGAGCACAGCAGAAAGAGCACAGCAGAAAGAGAAUAUGGCGGACAAGGAAAACAGUAAACUUGCUAUCACUCCUACCAAAGCAUCUUGCUUUCAGCUGCCGAGCCUGCCGCCGUCCGCGGCACCGCGUGCGCCUAUCCAAUAUGUUGAUCUGGCCUCUCUACCUGAAGACUUGCUCGCUCGCCAUCCCCACGCCAGAGAGCAGGACGAUAUCUUUUCUGAGCACACUCCAGAUAUCGAUACUGGGCGAGUCUCUGGCCUUCAGAUGGCACUAGCUGAAGGCCGAACGACUUAUCUUAGUCGGAAAUUCGAGUCGCUCUUGGACGACAGAGAAGUCUCCCCAUCUAAAAGACCUCAGCUGAGAAACUUGAACAAGCGCUUAAGAGCAAGUCUUGUGGUCAACGGCGCUGUCGCGCAUCGCGUGAGCGCCGUCUCUCCCUCUCCAGUACGGCCACAGACCCGGCGCCGUCAAUCGAGCCCGUCGGGUCUUCCCCGUCUACUAAAAGGCUUUCGCAGGAGGAAAUCGUCUACCACGACGGAGAAUAUGAAACUUGUGACGCCAAAAGACUUUGUUGACUACUUGAAUUCUAGAACCUCGUCGUCAGACUCCACGUUUGCUUUGAGCGCAAUACGCGAACUCCGAAUCAACCUGCGCGGAGAAAGUAUCAACUGGCUCAACCGGUUCUUAGACAUUGGCGGCAUCGACGAAAUUUCAAGAGCUCUAUCUACUAUCACAUCUAUGGAGUGGAGAGAGUGCACGGAUGACUACUUGUUUCACGAGUUCAUGCUCUGCCUUCGGACAAUAUAUCCACAUGACUGCUAUAUCCCCCUUCUGUUCCCCUCGCUGAUCAAAUUUCUGUUUUCGGACUGGCAACCAUUCGAUUUCGCAGAUCGAGAGUGUAUCCUAAGCCUACUAAUAGCCUACCUCCGAACCUCUCCAUCCAACCAGCGCGCUUUCCGUACCCGUGCGAUUCUCUCGUAUUUAGAAGACACGCAUGCCGCUACAAACGAGCUGCAGCCAGAGUUCAUCGAGCUCUCUCACAGCCCGCGGCCGUACCAGAAAUGGUCUUGCGAGUGCCUUGAUGUCGUUCGCGACGUGUUCUGGAUCUUUAAGCAUCCGUCUGGAGUCCAUAUCCGUCUGUCGCCAAACAGAUAUAGAUUACUAGACGACAUCUUCAGCGAUCAGACGUCAGAUCAACAGCUCAGACCCAAAAAUCUGUGUCGGUCGAAGGUACUAGAUAUCGAAAUCGCAGCAACGGACUACUUGGCCAGCCACAUCGAGCUCAUGAACCUCCUCCUUUGUUCCUUACCUGGCACAUUCGAGCGUCUCGAGCUGCGGAACCAAUUAAAACUAGCCGGCUUCGAAACCCUGAUUGGCAAGCACCUGCGCAACGUCGCAAACUCAUCAAAGUACUCAAGACGGCUAGGCGCGAACCUUGAGAUCCUCGUCACUUACGCGUUUUAUGAUAACUGGGACACCACGUUCAUGAGAUGUGGUAUGCAACGCAGCGGCGGCGGCGGGAUUGGUAGGAUGCGCGGGUCGCGCGUCGAGAGAGUCGAGCCUUUGAAGAGCGAGAGCGAGUUUAUUGCUGAAGUUCCGGCGGCUAUGAGUGUUUGUAGUGACGAAAUCUUUAGUGAAGCAGAUAUGCAGUAUGCGUAGCGCGUUUUCUCGUUUAGUGAUUAUACUAGAAUAUAUAUAUUUACA